UCAAAUAUAGUACAAGGAUGUUGCACUGGCAAUCAAAUACCAUGAGUCAUGUGGCCAUUGUUGAUGUGACUUUCCGAAAUGGUGCACAACUUUUGGUAAAGUUUUGCACUAAAAAGGCUAAUUUCCCUCAAGUUUACACAGUGGUAGAAUUCCCAUAAAAUUUAAUGUGUAAUAAGAUUCUGCAGAAACUACUCUAAAGGGAACUUGUGUAAAAUGUCGAUUCCUGGACCCUCAACUCCAAGUAUUUUGACUCUGGGAGUCUAGCUUAAGGCUGGAAAUCUGUGUCAGUCUCCUGGUGUAACGCCCCCGAUUUCGAAUCCGAGAGAUCACCAAGGAGCCAAUACCGAUGCAAACGCACGAGGGUUUAUUUGCAAGCUCGAGCUUGGGCCCAAGUAUACCCAACACAGCAGAGCAGGGACUUGGACCCCUAGGUUAAGAGGCGUAGCAGUUUUAUAGGGGCCAGUGGCCAAUGAGAUUGUAACACACACACAGAAAGUUGCAUAGUCAUGCCAGUCCACACGCAAGUGGCCAAUUGAAUUACAAUUUACCUUAUAGUAACUGUUUGAACUAGCCUAUCACUCUGGUCAGAAUUGGCGCGCAAGUUUGGCGGGCAAAAGGCGAGGUUUACAUUCUUUGGCGGUUAGGGGCUCCGUAUUCCUAUAUGAGCCAGUUUCCAGUAAGGGUGUGCUCAGCGGCUUGACUAGGGUGGGGGAGUGUGUUAAAGCAAUAAGUAGGUCAUGUGGGGGUUAUACAUGAGAUGGUGGGUAUAGCACAAAAUGGAGUUAGUCUUGCUCUGCUUGUCCAGGGGUAGGGGAUUUUUGUUAAAUUCCUUGGGUCCCACAUUGGCAGUGAUUCUGAUCCAGGCAUUGUGUUUUCUAAAUGAAUCGGAAACUAAGAUGUUGCCUUGGAGAGGGAAUCUAAGAUAAUAUACUAGGAGCCCAAAACCCAGAUUGGCCAUUCCUACCCAGUGCAGUAUACUGGGGUUAAAGUAAGCAAUUUAGAAGAGGAAUAUCUUGGUUUCAGACACAACUGGGCUACUUUUGCAACUGCCUGACUGUACAAAUUUUCUGGAUCUAUUCCCUUAUCUAUAAAAAUGGGUAUGGUUAUCUGCGGUGUAGAGGGAUGGGAUUGUGAUUUCUGAAACCAUUUGGAAGCUUGCUUGCUUUAUCAAGAUUAUUAAAAUUCUUGAUAUAAGGCAGUUUCUAAAAUAAAAUGUAUUAACCAUGAAAAUUGCUUAUUAUGUUGACGCUGUUAUUCAUAUGUUAGGAAAAUCUGAUGAGGGUGCUAUCACUUUCCCCAAAGCCCACUGUUUGAAACCAGAGAAAGCAAGUCACAAAGAAAUUUGGCCGCUAACUCUUACAUUCAACAAACAAAAAGGCACAAGCUCGAAAUCGUGACAAGAUCUGCCUCCAGUUGGCCAGUGGCCAAGAGUGUGGAGAGGGAUGAGUCACUUCCCUUUCACUGGGCUCUGUGUACUUAGACUUUCAGCUCCAUCUGUUACUCAACUACCCCAUUCCUCUUUGCUUCCUCCUUCCCCACACCUGCUACCAUCGUUUCUAUCUCUCUGAGACUUUCCCUCUUCGCUCCUGCGGCUUCUGGUACUACGCGUUCCGCGCUUUCUCUUCCCAGAUUUCUGUCACCAGCUCCUCGGCCGCCCCUUUGGCUUCUUCCCUUUGUUCGGUGAUCUCCGGCAAUCCUCCCGCAACGUCCGGGCUCCUCCCCAAGAUGGGGGAAGGGGGAUUGCCACCCGCAGCCCCCGCUGGGGCCCGCACAGUGCGCCCUGGUCCCGGUACCUCCUUGCAACCGCGCGACUUGCUCUUUACCUCCCUGCCCCUCUCUCUAUAUCCCGCCCCCAUCUCCGCCUUCAGCGCCGAGCUCCGAGGCUCCAGAGCCUCCGGCUGAGUGCGCCCAUCAAGGUUGCCCGGUCCCUCGCCACCCGUUCGCCCCGGAGAACAUCGCCGAGGGCCCCUUCCCAGACCGCGCGCCACGGCUGCCCGAGGCUGAGGCCGGCUCUGAUUCUUCCUUGGCUUGGGAUGCGCACCGCCGGCGGGGGCAGUCGCUGCUGAGUCCAGAGCCCUGCGCCACCCACGUGUCCGAGAGCCCGGCGCGGGGCCAGCGCGAACCUCUCCAAGGCCAGCGGCUCCUCGUCGCGGAAGCACUUCUGUUGCAGGCGAAACCCGCACGGGCGGGAGAGCGGCGCGCGGGUCACUAGCGGCACGUGCGGAUCUUCGGCGUGCCGCCGCAGGGUGCGGGUGCCCGCAGAGCCAGAGACCCAGCGAGCCAGCGAGCGAGCGAGCGCCUGAGAAGGGAGGGUGGGCGCGGGGACCGCCGAGAGGCCGACACCUCGGGGCAGUAGGGGCCGCUCGGCGGUGCGGGCGGCGGGACUGCAGUGCCACCGCUCCGGAGGAAGCCCACACGCUCACACGCCCGCGCGCGCACGCACGUGCACACCACGGGCAGCGAGAACACUAGCGAGAGCCCUUGAGUGUCGGACGCCUUUUAGCCAUGGCUUCUGUCCUUAACAGCAAAAUUCACGCGUCCGGGACUUGCCAGGGCUCCAAAGCUGAUGCCCGCGGUGGCACCGACUGGAGAAUGGAUUGGGAUCCCGAGAUGCACGUGAAAAUGUGCAAGAAGAUCGCCCAGCUCACCAAGGUGAUUUACGCCCUCAACACCCGCCAGGAUGAAGCGGAGGCCAGCGUGGAGGCUCUGCGGGAAGCCCACCGGGAGGAGCUCCAGAAGGCCGUGGCGGAGACCGAGGCCAGGCUCCUGCGGGAACAGGGCCACGCAGAGGAGGAGGCCCUGCUCCAGCGCAUUCGGGCCCUGGAGAACGCCUUGGAGCUGCAGAAGAGGCUGACCCAGGAGGCGCUGGCUCAGUCGGCCACGUGCAGGCUGGAGACCAAAGAGAGGGAGCUGAGGGUGGAGGCGGAGCACGCCGAGCGGGUCCUCACCCUCUCCAAGGAGAUGCUGGAGCUCAAGGCCGACUACGAGAAGAGGCUCCGGCACCUGGCGAGCCACGAGACGCCCCAGUGGGGCCAGCUUUCCCAGGAGGGCCCGGAGCCCAAGGGAGAGCCAGGCCACGGCCACGAGAUGCGGGACGUCCUCCUGGAGGUGGAGAGGCUGCGAGCGGAAAACCAGCAGCUGAGCAAGGACUACGCCCGGAAGGCUGAGGAGCUGCAGGCCACCUAUGAGCGGGACACCGAGGCCAUCCGGCAGGCCAUGCAGCAGUCCGUGAGUGAGGCCCUGUGGCAGUGGCAGGAGAAGGAGACGGACCUCCGCAAGAACUUCCAGGUCCAGGAGUCGGCCCUGCAGGCUCAGGUCAGGAAGCUGGAAGGGGAUCUGGAGCACAGGGGCCGCAAGAUAAGUGACCUGAAGAAGUAUGCCCAGAAGCUGAAGGAGAGGACUCAGGACCUAGAUGUGCAGCUCAAGGAGGCUCGGCAGGAGAACUCUGAGUUGAAAAGCACUGCAAAAAAACUCGGGGAGAAGCUGGCCAUUGCCAAAGACAGACUGAUGCUGCAGGAACGUCAUGUAACACUGAAAACCGAUGAAAUGAAGACAGAGCUAGUUGCAGAGAAUGAAGUCCUAGGGAAGGCGAAUGACCUGGAAGGCCGCAGUCUCCAUCCUCAGCAGGACCCGAACUUUCCCAAGGAGUGUCCAUGUACCAAAGGAGGCCCAGAGACACAGACCAAGAAAGAGGCAAGUAUUGAGACGGAAUAUAUGAAGAAGCAAUAUGAAGAAGACCUUCGUAAAAUCAAACAUCAGACAGAAGAGGAGAAGAAACAUCUCAAAGACCAGCUAGUGAAGCGCCUGGAAGACUUGGUAAAGAAGCACGCCAUAGAAAUCAAAUCGGUUCGCUCUUCGGUGGAGGCCGAGAGGAGGAAGCUGCAGAAGGAAGUAGAAGCACAGUUGGAGGAAGUGAAGAAGAAAUCAGAAAAUGAAAUCAAGCAGCUGGAAGAAGAGAAAGCAGCCCUAAAUGUGAAGCUCCAGAAUUCUCUGCUCGAGGUUUUAAGACUGGAAGAAUUUAUCCAACAGAAUAAGGUACAUCCCCGAAGAGGCAAAGAAAGGCCCCAGGAAUUGGACAGCCAGCGCUGUAGUAUUUUAGAGACCCAGGAUCCAUGCUCAAAGCUGAAUAAACCUCAGACCCCACCCAAAGGAGAAGAGUACCAGGACAAGUUAGCAGCUGAAGAAGGAACCAGCAGUGAUGAAGAAGAAAGGAUCAAAGUGCCCCUCAAGGAAGGAGAUGACCUGCAACCUCCACUGAGCUCUUUGCUGGAGGAGAAGGCACCCGACAUCCAGCGUCUGCAGGAGGAGUGGCAAAGCCAGAAGGCCAGAUUGCAAGCCCAGGUCUCCCAGAUGCAGCAGGCUCUGGAGCAGUGCGCCAGCAGCUACCGGGAGGACCUGCAGGAGCUCAAGCAACUCUCCGACCACGAAAGGGAGAAGCUGCAGCACGAGCUCCAGGAGACCGUUCAGCAGAACCAGGCCAUGAAAGCCCAGCUCGAGGCCUCCCACCAGCGAGCCUUGCGCAUGCUUGAGAAGGCCAAAAAUCAAGAACUCAAGGCCGCAGAGGAGCGCCUGAAGAAGGAAGCCAGCCACAGCCUGCAGAUCCAGCACCAGGCGCACCGGCUGGAGCUCCGGGCCCUGGAGGAAAAGGCCCGGCAGGAGCUCCAGGGAGAGCGGGAGAGGACGCAGGCUCAGCAGGCUCUCGUGUUAGAGUCCCUGAGGCAGGAGCUGUCGGAGCAGCGGGCCGCCUGCUCUGGGCACCAGAAAGACCUGGAGGUGCUGCAGGCCGAGCUGAGGGCUCUGGGCAGCUUGGGCAAGCCGCAGGCCACCGCCCAGUGUCCAGGGGACAGUGAGGACCACGCCGUCGCUGCAGAGGACGCGGGCGGCCCGGGCCAGGCGGGCUCCCCGAAGGGCGCCGCGGAGCCGGGUCCGAGCGAGGGCUGCGACCCCUGGGAGGAGAACUCGCAGCUCAAGGACGCAGUGCAGCGGCUGCGGGCCGAGGUGGAACAGCAUCAGCAGGAGGCGCUACAGCUCCGCGAGCAGCGCAGGCUGCUGGAGGAGGAUCAGCAAGCCCAACGGGCCCGGGAGGUGGAGAAGCUACGCCAGGAACACCGGAAGGAGAUGCAGGCCAUGGUGGCGGAUUUCAGCAGUGCACAAGCCAGGCUCCAGGCCCGGCUGGCUGCCCUGGAAACUGAACUGAAGGAUUCCGGAGAGAAACCAGGGAAGGGGGCGUCCAGGCCAGAGGACGUUCAGCUCAUAGGCCGCCUGCAGACCCGCCUGAAGGAGAGAGAGGAGAUCAUCAAGCAACUCAUGGAGGAGAGAAGAUUUCACUGUGCAGCCUUCCCCAGCGCCAUGUCCCAUCGGAACCGGUCUUUCUCUUUCAACCCUCACCCAGGAUAUUUGACCCCCUCCAUGAAGAAAAAGAAGCUGGAGGAAGUGCCCAGCCGAGUGGUCAGCGUGCCAAACCUGGCCUCCUACGCAAAGAACUUUCUGAGUGGUGAUCUGAGCUCCAGGAUCAACGCCCCUCCAAUAAUGAAGUCACCCAGCUUGGACCCAAGCCCUGGCUGUGGCCAGCCUUACAAACCCACCCAGGCUCUAGAUGUGAAAACUGCCACAAGGACACAAGAUGGUGAAACAGCCCAACCCAAAGAAGUCCAGCAGAAACAGGGCUCUGCCCACCAGGAAUGGUUUACCAAGUAUUUCUCUUUCUAAACUGAGUCUCAGGAUUCCAUCACAAAGAGGACACCUGAAACACAUGUAAAGCAUCUGACUGAAGGAAUGAACUAAAAAACCAAAUUAACUUGCUUGUGAUACGAUUUAUAUAUAAUAGCCAAAACAAAUUUUGGCAUUAACAUUUCAUACUGUUUCAUUGUGAAACCAGUGCUUAAACAAAAUUCUUGACAUUAAGGUAAAAAACAAAACAACAUAAACCAAAUGAAAAUGUUAUCAAAUGCACCCACAGAAAAUAUUAAUGUUACUGAUGACCCUCACAUUGUAUUUCUAGUGUCCAUAAGAUUUCACUCCACUUUGUGGAAUGUCAGGCUUUGUGAUUUCCAUGAUCUACUUUAAAAGUGGUUUCACUUGUCCUUAGAAUGCUAGUCACCUCCACUUGAAAAGUAUUUCUGUGUAAAUGACAGAAUUCCAAAAUGCACAUUCAACCUCACUAGGAAGAAGAAUAAAAGUUCGAAAUACUCAUGAAAACCAAUUACAAACACAAAACAAGGCAAAACUAGGAGUGGAUGACAGCAGCCCUUGGCACACUUCGACUGAGUGCUCUGACUUCCUAAGUCCAGGACCUGAAGUAGAUGAGAGAGGGGAUAACACCUACCUCAAAAGGGGCUUUUGGAGAAGUAAGCAAAAUAGGAUAGGUAUGACACCAAUCACGAACUGGAAUGAAUCACUGCCAGAAUUUUUCUGUGAAUAACCGAGCCUCACUCUGUCAUAUGACUGUAGUUUCAACUUGGUCACUUAUGAAAGUUUCUAGAGUAUUCUUUGAAGUCAAAGAUCUACUGAGCCCAUAGUCUUUGGGCCUGGGCCCUUUGCCUCAUGGUGCAUUGCUUCCCCAUCACAUGGAUGCUCAGUACUGUAAGGGAAUCGGGACUGGCCAUUCAUGGUGCUGACCCAUGUCAGUCCACACUGAAUAGUCUGGCCUUCUGAUGGAGCAGUGUGAUUUGACAAGACUCAAUACAAUUUGGGCAAAAUAUGUUCUCAAUCCUUUGGUGCUGGCCCCACACGUGGCCAUAAACGUUUAUUCUAUGCACUGUCAAAUCUUUGCUCUUUGAAUAAAACUUUAAACUGGGCAAU